AGCGCCUUUCUACCGGGGAGGGCGGUGCGGCCGUGGACAGGUUUGACGUUCUGCGGUCUUCGCUCCGCGCGGCCUGUGCGCUGGGACCCUGCCAGGUGCGGAGAUAUGAGCGACCCCCCAGAAGAGUGCGCUCGCCUCCGGCGCUAUCUGGCGCUCCCGGUGUGGGUGGUGGAGGACCAUCAGGAGGUCCUGCCUUUUAUAUACCGAGCCAUUGGCUCAAAGCAUCUUCCUGCCAGUAAUAUAAGUUUUCUGCAUUUUGAUUCGCAUCCAGACCUCCUUAUUCCUGUAAACAUGCCAGCUGACACUGUGUUUGAUAAGGAAACACUUUUCGGAGAAUUAAGUAUUGAGAAUUGGAUUAUGCCUGCAGUUUAUGCUGGCCAUUUUUCUCAUGUAAUAUGGUUUCAUCCCACAUGGGCUCAGCAAAUCAAAGAGGGCAAACAUCACUUUUUAGUAGGCAAAGACACUUCUACCACAACUAUCAGGGUUACAAGUACAGAUCAUUACUUCCUAAGUGAUGGUCUUUAUGUAACUGAAGACCAGCUAGAGAGCCAAAAACCUUUACAAUUGGAUGUAAUUAUGGUAAAACCUUAUAAACUCUGUAAAGAUCAAGAAGAAAAUGAUGCAGUGUCUUCUGCUAAGAAGCCAAAGAUAGCACAGGAAGACACAGAAAACACUGCCUCUACUAACUGUGACUCUUAUUCAGAAGGACUGGAAAACGAAACAGUGACACAGAGAAAGGGCCAUACUUGCCUCGAACCAUCAUGUUCAUGUUCUUCUGAAAGCCAAGAAUGCCAGACCACAGUCAGCACUGGGGAAAUUCUGGAAAUUUUGAAGAAAGGGGAUGCAUUUGUUUUAGAUAUUGACUUAGAUUUUUUUUCAGUCAAGAAUCCCUUCAAAGAAAUGUUCACUCAGGAGGAGUAUAAAAUCUUACAAGAGCUAUACCAAUUUAAAAAGCCUGACACCAACCUGACAGAGGAAGAUUUAGUAGAUUGUGUUGAUACUCGAAUUCAUCAGUUAGAAGAUUUAGAAGCUGCUUUUGCUGAUUUGUGCGACAGAGAUGAUGAAGAAACUGUACAGAAAUGGGCUUCAAACCCUGGAAUGGAAUCACUAGUUCCACUUGUACAAAGUUUGAAAAAACGGAUGGAAGUGCCAGACUAUGAAAUGGUUCACCAGGCUGGUCUAACCUGUGAUUAUUCAGAACUUCCUCAUCAUAUCAGCACAGAACAAGAAAUUGAGUAUUUUACUCAGUCUGUAUAUUAUUUACUGAAAAAUUUACCAAAACCUACUCUUGUGACAAUCGCAAGAUCAAGUCUGGAUGAUUACUGUCCUUCUGAGCAAGUUGACACCAUUCAAGAAAAAGUCCUCAAUGUGCUACGAUCCCUCUAUGGGACCCUAGACAUUCACCUGGAGUACUCAGUAGAGUCUUCUCCAUCUUGAAACAGCAAAACACUAGGCUCCUUUUACAUCUUGAUGUAGUAACAAUGUUUUCAUCUACUUAUUGGUAAUCAAGUUUUCCAGAAAACACUAUUUCUUCAGUUAAAAUCAUUCAAGUAUUUUAAAUUUCCAAGGAAAUAUCAUCCAUUUUUGAUGGCAACUUUUAUGGCAUCAAAUCUAUCCCCAGUUGGUGGAACUGUUACUUAUCUUUCUUCCCUUCCAUCAUUGUUGUCUUCACUUUUGUGAGGUUUUUUUUCCUCUUUCCCCUUUCCCCUAGGUCAGUUGGACAGUUUUGAGGUUCAUUCAUUCAUUUUUCACUCAACCCUCUGACAUUUAUUGAGCAUUUACAUGUUCCAGACGUAAUUAAGUGCUGGGUAUAUGGUAAUGAACAGAAUAGACAAGGCCCCUGCCCUCUUCAAGGACAGCUGAGAAAUAAAUGAUGGAUUGUGAGAAGUGUUCUGAAGGAAAAGACAACCACAAAAUGUUUGAGGCAUGCUCUUAGUACUCAGGACACCCUGGCCUUAUAGAAAAGUAACACUCUCAAAAGCUACUACCAAAAAAUAAAUAAACAAACUUGCCAGUCCAUGAAAGUGUUUCAGGAAGUCUACCUUUACAAGACUGUUGGGAUUGUGGCCCAGGUCUUGCUGAAUGCUCCAAGCAUUGUUUAUAUUUAGCAGGUCUAUUUGGGUAAACUCAGCCAAACAAAAUUAACUUUUCUUUUGCUAAUCAGAAAAGCCCUUUAGGGUUUUAUGUGCCUCCAGAUGGUCAGUAUGGACAUGAUUUAUAACUACAGUUCCUUAGUGCCAAUUUAUUGGCAGUCUGGGUUGACAGUUUUUUCAAAUAAACCUAUGUAAAUAGGGAAAAAAGUUAAAUCCUUAAUUCUUACCUGUCAUAAAUACCCAAAGACAUAACUACCUUCCACCAGCCUCGCCAUCAGUGGCUACCUGAGUCUGUCUUAAACAUGGCACUUUUCACUACUUAAUUUGCUAAAAUCUUCCCCUCUUCUGUAUCCCUCCUGUUCAGUAAUCAUUUUUAUCUACCUCCUUGUUUUGUUUUCCUUUAAAAGGUAGGAUGGCAUUUAAAGAAAAAAACGUCCAUCAUCCUCAACCCUAACAGCAGUCCUUUUCAUUUUUGUGUGGGACUUUGAGGCCUUGAUCACAUGUGUACCUGCUAAGUUGCAAUGCAGCUGAAAUUAAAAGUGUGCUAACCAAUUUGAUGGCCAAUACCCAAGGUCACAUUACCAUUACCACUCAGUAGAUGGCACCAGAUCCCAUUUCUCCAGUGAUUGUAUUUUCCAGGAAAUUUUUCUCACCAAGUUGAUUUCCAAGGCUGGUAGUGUGAUGCUUAUUAUUUCUUUUGUGAAAUGCAAAACAACAUGAUACAGCUUUCCAUUUGAACAGAAUAUUAUAUGCCAAAAAGCUUUAUUUCUCUGUAAGAUCAGAAUGGCAAAAUAGUGCUGUUGUUUAUUUUUAAAUUAGAACAUUUUUUGUUAGAAUUCUGUUACUUUUAUGGGUAAAUUUUUUGUUUGCUAAAAGAAAUAAAAAGGUUGAGGUUUUAAAUAUUUAAAACACUGUAGCACUAAUUAAUUGUAUUUGAUCUCAGUGUGUCCGUAGCACUGAUCUCAUGAGUCUGGCUUAGUAGUCAUUUAUUACAGUUCCCAUAAACUGAUGUGAUUUAUCAUUGUUUUAACUCAGGUAGUAUAAAAGGGCAUCAAUUUACUUUUUAGGAACACUCAGAUUGUUUAUUCUCAUGCUCUGAUUUUCUUUGAACAAUAAAAUUCAGUCCCUACUUGUUGACUA